AUGAAACAGCCAAUUUUUAACGGUUGCUGCUUUUGCUUCGAUUUAAGAAGUGCUGGUCAAAUCCUCGGAUGGCUUCAUAUCGUUUCUGGAGUUGGUGGUGUAAUUGGAUCAUUAUUAUUGAUUGCUCUAAUGACACAAUUUGAGGAUAUGGAAUUUUAUGUUGGUGAAGAACAAGUCAGUAAAACAUUUAUGAUCACUGUUAUGGCAGUGGCCUGUGCUGUAGCAUUAAUAAGUGCAUUUGGUGGUUCCAUGCUUAUAAUAGCACUCAAUCAGGAAAGUCAUAGAAAAAUGAUCAUAUUUAUGGUUGUACUAGCUAUAAACAUGGUUGCAUUUACAGUUAACAUUGCAAUGGAUGUCGUAACAAUUGCCAGCAUUAUUGCACUAGUUAUUUAUGUGUGUCUUGAUACUUAUUUCAUACUAGUGAUCUACAGUCUUUAUAUUAAAACUAAAAAUCAAAACGAGCAGCUACGAGCGACAACAAACUAUCCAUAUCCUGUAUACUCAUAAGGAAUUACCGAUUUAA